AUGAAAUUAUCAGUCUUGUUAUAGGCUAUCAAAGGUAUAGAUAUCUAUGGAGUUCCUAUUGGAGUCAACUUUAAAAGUAAUGAAGUACAUAAAACUUCUUUUGGUGCGUUGAUCUCUGCAGCCAUAUUCAUUCUUAUUGCGCUUUAAGUUUACUAUGCUGGAUAGGAUUUAAUCUCUAGAAAUAAUCCCUAAGUCAUCACCAGUGAAUAAUAUGUCCGUAACCCUGAGAGAAUGGUUUUCGAUAACGUGCAGCAGGUAGUUAUGAUGGGUUUAAGUACUUACACUAGCUAGUACAUUAGUAACUCAUCUAUAAUUUAAGUAUCUGCUAUUUAAUCAACAGUAAAUAAGGUUUUGAACUAAACCACUUAAUAAUAUGAUACUGUGACUACAACAAAUCCCCUAAGAAUAAGACCCUGCACUAUUAAUGACGUUAAAGUUGAAAAGCUUUAAGAUUUCUUUAGCAAACUUCCUCUCAGUAGCUUGUUUUGUUUUGAUGAUAACUAGUAAAUCUAUGUAGAGGGUGAUUAUUCUGGAGAUUUCUACUCGAGAGUAGAUGUUUCUUUUAAUUAAUGUGUUAAUUCUACUAAACCAGGGUCAGUAAUUUGCUAACCUCAAAAAUAAAUUGAUAAAGUUUUAUCUAAUGCUAGCUUUUUAGUGUAUAUGAUGGAUAAAAUAUUAGAUCCAAACAACUACGAACAACCUUUUGACUAUUAAGGAUUCAACAUAUAAGCAUAAGCUACAAAUCAGCAAUCAUAAGCUUAUACUGCUUACUUUGAGAAUUACUAUAUAGAAUCAGAUGUAGGACUAAUACAGAAAGAUAUUAACAAAAUAAAAGACUUUAAAUUUGUUGGAACAGAGACAACGAUCAUAUACAAUAAUCCUAGCCUUGUUAUAAAAUUUUCAAUGAGACCUUACAAGAAUAAGCAAUAACUAAUGCAAAGAAGAUACACAAAGCUUACUGAUUUACUAGCAUAAGUAGGUGGUGCACUUAAAUUUCUUACUGUAGUUGGAUUUAUAAUUUGCCACCCUUACGCAAAACUAAAUUUAACUAAAGAUAUUAUAAAUAGCGUUUUUGACUUUGAAGAAAACAACAAAGAUAGCAGUUAACAAAAAUAAUAGGAUGUUUCAGGAUAGAGAGACAAAAAAAGUGGUGAAUAGGAUAGCUUUUAAUUAAAUUCAAUCCUUACGAAAAAUUUAACCAAUAAAGAGCAGAUUUAAAAUGAUCAAAAUUGUUUGAGCUUAUCAUAAAAAGCUUAAGAUCUUUCACCAUCAAUAACAAGCUAAGCAAAGUAUAACUAACUGGAGUAAAAACUAAGAUCUAAGAAAAAUACACAUAAAAUGAAUUUCUCUUAACUUAACCAUAAUAAUCAGUUUAUUAAAAAAGAAAUCUAAUUUGAUAAUCAGUCAUAGUAAGCUUAGUUUUUAGAGUAGCCAGUAAUUCAAAUUUCAAAAUCACAGUAAAUUUAGAAUUCUAUUUAAUAGCAAAUCUCUCCUGAAAUUUAUACAGAAAGUAAAGAUAAUAAAGAAAAGUAAAAUGAUAGCAAGAGCGAAUAAGAAGAGAAUCUAUUUAAAACUAAAAUAAUAAAUAGAAUUUAGAAAUUAAUAAACCCCUUGAAACAAACUGUUUAAUUGAAAAUGAAAGAUUAUUUGAGUCAUUUUUCAAAUUGCUCUUAAUAAAAAACAAAUUUGAUGGAAGAAGGUAUCAACAAAAUCAAUCAUCGUUUAGAUAUUCAAAAUAUCCUUCAUUAACUCUAAGAAAUUGAAAAACUCAAAAAAAUUGUACUUGAUGAAGAUUAAAUAAAGCUGUUUGAAAUUUUACCAAGACCUGUUUUGAAAAAUAGUUAAAGUAAAAUAUAAACAGACACUAAAAACUAGUUUUUUGAAACCAAAAAUCAAUCAGAAGAAGAAAAAGUAAAUGAUGCUUAUAAUAGUUUAUGUAAUAUCUUAAAUAAGCAGAAAAAAUCCCAAAGAGAUCUACAGCUAAUUUAGCUUUUGGACAAUAAUAUGUAUUUGUCUCUUAAAAAAUUUGGCCUAUUAUCUAAUAGUUGUGAAAUUUCUCUAGAAAACAAAUAUUCUCAUUCUGAUGAAGUUGUAGAAUACCGUAAAGUAUUAAACUUAUCGCCAAGCUCGAUUAAAUCUUCAUAAAAGGAUUUGCUUUAAUUUGAAUAAAACUAAGAUACAAAUUCUUUAGAUGAUAAAUUUGAAAUUUAAGAAGAAGAAGCAGGAAUAAAAUCUGACUUUUACUUCAACUUUUAAAAAAAGUCUAAGAAAAAUUCAUUAAAUUUAUCAUGA